GAUAACGUAAAGAACUAUAUGCGAUUGCAUUCUGUGAGAGAUGACCUCCAAAGCCGCAUUCUCCGGUGGUACGAUUAUGCGUGGCAGAAAAAAAGCAUGAAUGGAGUACUGGAUGUCGCCUCCCUCGAGAUGCUCCCGGAAAAGCUCAAAACCGAACUGGUUAUGGAUGUCAAUUACGAGACGCUAAGGAAGAUCGCCAUUUUCAAGGAGUGCCGUCCAGAAUUUCUACAUGAUUUGGUACUGAAAAUGCGGCCUAUUUUAUUUACCCCUGGAGAUUAUGUGUGCCGCAAAGGAGAAAUCGCGCGUGAAAUGUUCAUCAUUGCUGACGGUGUGCUCGAAGUCUUGGGCCCCAACAAUGAGGUAUUGGCGAUGAUGGCGAGCGGGGAUAUGUUUGGUGAAAUUGGUGUACUUCGUAUUGAAGGACAAAACAAGCGGACUGCUGAUGUGCGUGCAGUUGGUUAUACGGAGUUAUAUGUGCUAUCAAGGGACGAUAUAAUGGAGGCGCUGGAGGACCAUCCAGAAGCCGAGAUGUUCAUGAAAGACGCCGCCAGACGACGUUUAUAUGGUUCUGGUGGAGGUCCUAGGCCUUCGCGAAGCUCAUCAGCAUCUCAGUAUCAGGGACCUUCAACCUCUACACAAGAAACGAGGAAGGUGGAAAUUGGGUUCCGGACAAGUGAACGUCAGUCACACCUUGAGGCUAACAUAUCAGACUUGAUAUCUCAGGUAGAAUCUACAAGAGUUAAAAAUACCCUUGAAAACUUCUCCAAAACGUGGCAAACACUCCUGGUGAGGAGUAUUCACUUUCCGAUGCGAAUUUUAAUUUAUCUCCUGAUUGUGCUGGUUCACAAACUCAUCUUUGACUUCUUACCUAAUACCUUCGGUAUGCCAAAUUAUAUCAUGACUUCCUUGUGUAAACCUCUGACUGCAAACGCCCAAGCGGCCUGGGAGCUGGCUGGGAAAGAGUCACAUCUUGCUGACACUGUGAAGGUCCCAUGUUAUCUUUGA